AUGGCUGCCUAUCGGCAGGAGCCCAGCGGUGGCUCCAUCUACCACCUGCCCCUUCCAGGCAUCAACAUUUAUGAGCCAGCGCCCCCUACUGGCCCCACACAGCAGCCCCUGGAGUCUCUGGGCAACUUCCGGGGGUGGUACAUCAGGACUGAGCAGCUCCAGCACAACUGCAGCUGGACGGUGAAGCAUCAGUGUGUGGAUCUGCUGGCUGAGGGCCUGUGGGAGGAGCUGCUGGAUGACGAGCAGCCAGACAUCACAGUCAUGGACUGGUUUGAGGACAGCCGGCUGGACACGUGCGUCUAUGAGCUGCACGUCUGGCUGCUGGCAGCUGACCGCCACACCAUCAUUGCCCAGCACCAUGUGGCCCCCCGGACAUCGGGGAGGGGUCCUCCGGGCCACUGGGUCCAGGUAUCCCACGUAUUCCGCCAGUACGGCCCUGGGGUGCGCUUCGUACACUUCCUGCACAAGACCAAGAACCGCCAGGAGCCGGGUGGGCUGCUGCGGACCAGGGUGACUGACUCUUCCGUGUCGGUGCAGUUCAGGGAGUGACUGGCUGGUGCCGGGUCGUGCUGACCCCUGGUCUCAUCUCUCUACGCCUUGUCACCUCCCUGACCCUUGA